AGUGUCAAGACAGUUGGGUUUGUGUUUGCUAACGAAAUAACGUGUUUCACGCACUUACGGAAAGGAAAAACGAUUUACAUAACUUAAACGCCGACAGUGAUUCACAAUCGACGAAUAAAAAUAAUUAAAGUGCACGAGAGGAUUACACUAGGUUUUAAUAAAUUUAAAUAAAAAUUUAGGUACUAAUUUGUAGAAUUAUUUUGCAUUAUUUUUAAACACAAACAUUCAAAAUGUGAACUGUUUAUGGAGUGUCUAAAUGUCCAGCAAACUGUUUUGUUGUUGCUGCGAAUGUGCGCUGAAUAUGUUACUCGGCAUAUUUUGUUCCGUCAUAAUAUUAGCUGUCAUAAUCGGACUGAUCGUGUACUUUACAGUAUAUUACCACAAGGAUAGUUCCGAUGGUCAACAAGAAAAAUUGGUGCAGCAGCUUAUAACAGCUGCGCCUUUAACAUUUAAGGACUACUUCCAACAACAACACUAAAACUGAAUUAAAUUCGGUUUGAGACCAAUUUUUGGCUUCUGGAAUAACUUUAGUAUCAACCAGUGUUAUUGUUGUUAAAACUGUAUAUUUUUUAAGUUUAAUAAAUUAAAUAAAUAAUUUUAAACAUUUAUACAAGAGAA